UCGUGUGUAGGGUAUACAUAAGUCGCACGACGGAGGGCCUUGGGAAUCCGUUAUUAGCGCGCGGCUCUGGAAGUAUAUUUUCAUUCAACUCUCGGUCCUCGGCGCGUAAAGAUUGCAUUUACCUUUUGCUCAGUAUUUUAGCUUUGUGUUUUUGCGUAUUUUUAUUUAUAUGUAAAUCGUUAUUUAGGCAUUUGCAUUGGGUUUAAUUGCUUGCGAUAAGUGCUUAACAGAUGCGUCCAGUCGAAUCUGUCUACUGUGGGAUUUCUAGCGGUAAUUGAGAUAUAAGAGAGUUGCUGCUCACGCCCCCGCACUCCUCCACUCAUCACUUGUGACGUCGGCAAAUGCAAACGCAAAUGCAAAAGUGCGCGGCCAGUUAAUUGAAUUGGAUUAUAUUGUGAUUGGAAAAGAUAAAGCGCGGCAGCAGGAUGGAUUUCAAAUUCCUGAUGAUACUCAUCCUGGGCUUCGGCUUUAUGUUCGUCUUCACGGCAUUCCAGACCAUGUGUAACAUCGAGAAAACCAUACUGGAUAGCAUUUCCCAGGAAGAUGACACCUUCAAGGGCGAGGGUUACACCAGCCUGGCCAUCAUCUACCUGUUCUUCUCGCUCUCCAACUGGCUGGCACCCUCGUUUAUUUCCUUUACCGGGCCCCGAGUGGCCAUGGUCGUGGGAGCACUGACCUAUACGGCCUUCAUGAUUACGUUCAUUUUCCCAUCGACGGUGUUGCUGUACGUGGGCAGCGCAGUGCUGGGAUUGGGUGCCUCGAUCACCUGGACGGGUCAGGGAACUUACCUGGCUCGCUGCAGUGAGUCCUCGACGAUUUCCCGUAACUCUGGCGUAUUCUGGGCGCUGCUGCAGUGCAGCAUGUUCAUCGGCAAUCUGUUCGUGUACUACCAGUUCCAGGACAAGACCCGCAUCGAUAAGGAGACACGGAAUCUGGUCAUUGGCGUGCUCACGGUGAUUGCUAUUCUGGGCAUCGUGUUUCUCGCCGCCCUGAGAUUCAUGCCCGACAAUGCCGAGCACGACAACGAGCUGGAGCAGAAGCACACUGGCUGUGGACAGGCCAUAUACGCAUUGAAGUCCGCGGGACAAUUGUUCCUCACCAAAAAAAUGCUGCUCCUCAGUUUGGCCUUCUUUUACACAGGCCUGGAACUGUCGUUCUUCAGCGGAGUGUUUGGAUCAGCGAUUGGAUUCACCACGAAAAUAGCCGAAACGCCGAAGGAGAUCGUUGGCCUAGUGGGCAUUUGUAUUGGAGCCGGCGAGGUCUUCGGAGGAGGACUCUUCGGCAUACUGGGCAACAAGACGACGAGAUAUGGACGCGAUCCCAUCGUGAUUGCCGGCUAUGUGAUGCACAUGGCAGCGUUCUUCAUGACGUUCAUCAACCUGCCGAACAGUGCACCGUUUAAAGAUACCACCGAUAUAUCCUAUCUGGACCCGCCCCGAGCCAGCAUCGCCCUGGUGUGUGCCUUCCUUUUGGGCCUGGGCGAUGCCUGCUUCAACACCCAGAUCUACUCGAUGCUUGGCGGGGAGUAUGUGAAUAAUGCCGUGGGAGCUUUUGCCCUGUUCAAGUUCACCCAGUCGGUGGCGGCGGCCAUUAGCUUCUUCUACUCUGCGCAUUUUGGACUGUACGUGCAGCUGGGCAUCCUGGUGGUUAUGGGAACCAUUGGCACCAUCGCCUUCGUCUUUGUAGAGUGGGGCUUCAAGAGACAGCACCGCGAGCAGGAGGCCUUGGAGAAGUAAUUCCGUCAGGACUCAUAAGAUCUAGAGUAUUAGAUGCAGGUUCUCGUUAGAACUCUAGGGCUAAAGCCAUUUGUCCGUGCUUGUUUUAUUCCUCGGAGUGCUUGAAAUCCGUGCGACUGCGUCGUCUUCCUAGACAAUAACUGAUAAGUGUUGUUGCGCGCUAUUGUUGCUAAAAAUAUACGUAUUUUAAUGUUGACAUUCCCAAAAACGUAACUAUAAUCUAGUUGUCUAUGUUUUUAUAUGUGUAUAUUGUAUAUGUGCGUUUAUUUAUUUUAAUCGGCGAUUGUGCAAAUGUAAGCUAGUAAACCACAAAUUUGGAGUAUUAUAAGAAAUAUAUAACGAAUUUUAAA